UCUCUUGUUUAUUUUAAAACGAGGAAUAAAUAAUCGUCGCUCUUUGGAAUUCAUUAACUCUCUCUCUACACUCUAAAAAGGCUCAGCUGCUUCUUCUCUCUCUAGAAUCGUCGCCAUUUGAAUUUCCUUUCGACUCGCCGGCAUUGUUAUUCACUAAUCCUUAGAGGUUGUCUGCAAUGGAAUCUUCACAGCAACAAAGAAGAGGAGGAGGAUUGGUAUCGCUAUCUCCAGCGCAAACGCCACGUUCAAGCGAUAAAUCGAUGCGAGAUCUGCGAUCAGGCGAUUCCAAUUCAAGUUCCAAACAUGAUAAAGAAAAAGGCGUUAACGUUCAGGUUAUUUUACGUUGCAGGCCGUUGAGCGAAGAUGAAAUGAGAAUACAUACGCCGGUGGUCAUAUCGUGUAAUGAAAGUAGAAGAGAAGUUUGUGCUGUACAGAAUAUUGCUAAUAAGCAAAUUGAUAGGACCUUUCUUUUUGACAAGGUCUUUGGUCCAUCGUCUCAGCAAAAGGAGUUAUUUGAUCUAGCUGUGUCUCCAAUUGUGAAUGAAGUUCUUGAGGGUUAUAAUUGCACUAUCUUUGCAUAUGGUCAGACGGGAACAGGAAAGACAUACACAAUGGAAGGAGGGGCAAGGAAAAAGAAUGGGGAAUUUCCAACCGAUGCUGGUGUUAUCCCAAGAGCUGUUAAACAGAUUUUUGAUAUAUUAGAAGCUCAGAAUGCUGAAUAUAGUAUGAAAGUUACAUUUCUAGAGCUUUACAAUGAGGAAAUAACAGAUCUUUUGGCACCGGAGGAAACUUCAAAAUUCGUUGUUGAUGAUAAAACUAAGAAACCCAUUGCUCUUAUGGAAGAUGGAAAAGGAGGUGUUUUUGUCAGAGGCUUGGAAGAAGAGAUAGUGACAACUGCAAAUGAAAUCUACAAAAUCUUGGAAAAAGGUUCUGCUAAAAGGCGUACUGCUGAGACUCUACUUAACAAACAAAGUAGUCGUUCUCAUUCUAUAUUUUCUAUUACAAUCCACAUUAAGGAGUGUACUCCAGAGGGGGAAGAGAUGAUUAAAUGUGGAAAGCUAAAUCUUGUUGACCUUGCUGGUUCUGAAAAUAUUUCACGUUCUGGUGCAAGAGAGGGCAGAGCAAGGGAAGCUGGAGAGAUUAAUAAAAGCUUGCUUACUCUUGGUCGUGUUAUUAAUGCACUUGUUGAGCACUCUGGCCAUGUUCCAUAUAGAGAUAGCAAACUAACAAGGCUGUUGAGGGAUUCCUUGGGAGGGAAAACAAAGACAUGUAUAAUUGCCACAAUAUCUCCUUCCAUCCAUUGUCUGGAAGAAACACUCAGCACCCUAGAUUAUGCACAUCGUGCCAAGAACAUCAAGAACAAACCAGAGAUUAACCAGAAGAUGAUGAAAUCUGCUUUAAUAAAAGAUUUAUAUUCUGAAAUUGAUCGGCUGAAGCAAGAGGUGUAUGCUGCAAGAGAAAAAAAUGGAAUUUAUAUUCCACGGGAUCGUUAUCUCAAUGAAGAAGCAGAGAAGAAGGCUAUGGCUGAAAAAAUAGAGCGCAUGGAACUUGAAUCAGAAUCGAAGGACAAGCAAAUUACUGAGCUCCAGGAACUGUACAAUUCACAGCAGCUGUUGACUUCAGAUUUAAGUGAGAAACUUGAAAAGACAGAGAAAAAGCUGGAGGAAACUGAACAUGCAUUGUUUGAUCUCGAAGAUAAACAUAGACAAGCAAAUGCAACAAUUAAAGAGAAGGAAUUUUUAAUAUCUAAUCUCCUCAAAACUGAGAAAGCACUCGUUGAGCGUGCUUUUGAACUCCGAGCAGAGCUUGAGAAUGCUGCAUCGGAUGUCUCAGAUUUGUUUGCCAAGAUCGAAAGGAAGGAUAAAAUUGAGGAUGGAAAUAGAGCACUUAUCCAGAAGUUCCAGUCCCAGUUGACGCAGCAGCUUGAAAUUUUGCAUAAGACUGUGGCAGCUUCUGUGACUCAACAAGAGCAGCAACUGAAAGACAUGGAGGAAGAUAUGCAGUCCUUUGUAUCAACAAAGUCAGAGGCUACGGAAGAACUUCGUGGAAGGUUAGCGAAGUUAAAGAACACGUAUGGUUCGGGUAUCAAAGCAUUGGACAAUAUAGCCACAGAGCUUGAUGGAAAUUCCAAGUCAACUUUUGGUGAUCUAAAUUCUGAAGUUUCCAAGCACUCACAUGACCUGGAAGAGCUUUUCAAAGGAAUUGCUUCCGAGGCUGAUGCAUUACUUAAGGACCUUCAAAGUAGUCUUUACAAGCAAGAGGAGAAGCUAACUACAUUUGCACAACAACAGCGUGAGGCACAUUUCAGGGCAGUGGACACUGCAAGGUUGAUUUCUAAAAUAACAGUGAAUUUCUUUGAGACUUUAGACAUGCAUGCAUCCAAGCUGACCAAAAUAGUGGAAGAAGCACAAACAGUCAAUGAUAGCAAACUGUCUGAAUUUGAAAAGAAGUUUGAGGAAUGUGCUGCUAAUGAAGAGAAGCAAUUGUUACAAAAGGUGGCAGAGUUGCUUGCAGGUUCGAGUGCUAGGAAGAAAAAACUGGUUCAGAUGGCAGUCCAUGAUCUCCGGGAGAACGCAUCCAGCAAAACCAGUGAACUACAGAAAGAGAUGUCUACCAUGCAAGAGUCGACUUCCCUAGUUAAAACGGAAUGGACAGUUCACAUGGAAAACACAGAAUCCCACUAUCUUGAGGAUACUUCUGCUGUAGAACGUGGAAAGAAAGACAUGGGAGAGGUUCUUCAGAACUGUUUGAAGAAAGCAAAUGUGAGUUCUCAGCAGUGGAGGAAUGCUCAAGAAUCCCUUCUAAGCCUAGAAAAGAGAAAUGUUGAUUCUGUGGAUUCCAUUGUUAGGGGAGGGAUGGAAGCCAACCAGAUCCUCUGCGAUCAAUUUUCUUCCGCUGUGUCUACUGCUCUUGAAGAUGUAGACGCCGCAAACAACAGUUGCCUGACAUCCAUCGAUCACUCAUUACAACUUGACCAUGAUGCAUGUGGGAACAUGAACUCGAUGAUUGUUCCCUGUUGUGAAGAUUUGAGGGAAUUGAAGGGUGGUCACUACCACAAGAUUGUAGAAAUCACAGAGAAUGCAGGGAAAUGUCUCGAGGAAGAAUACAUGGUGGACAAGCCGUCCUGUUCGACUCCAAGGAGGAGGUCAUUCAACCUUCCCAGUGAGUCAUCCAUUGAGGAACUCAAAACCCCUCCAUUCGAGGAAUUAUUGAAGUUGUUUUGGGAAGCAAAAUCUGCAAAACUAGCAAAUGGAGAUGUAAAACAUAUUUUGGCAGCAUAUGAAGCAGCCCAAUCCCUGAGAGACCCCAGAGUUCCUCUCACUGCUAUUAACUAAAGGCUCAAGUGGAAGAAGGAAGAAACAGAUGAUAAAAAGAAAUGAGUAUAGUUUGGUAAGAAGAAAAGGUGUGUACAGAAUCAGAUAUACGUAAAUGGGGCUGAACAUGAACCUCUCUUGCCUUCUCCUGUCUUAUAUUCAUUGAUUGUUUGUUGAAAGAAUUCCACUGCAUGCAUGCAGGAAAUCUCAAAUUUAUACUAAAAAUAGAUUUUCUUUCGUUA